AUGAAUUCGAAUGCUCCCCCUCACAGAAGAGGACCUUGGUCCCAGCAAGAAGAUCACUGCCUGAUGUCCCUUGUCCAUGAGAUUGGCCCUCUCAACUGGGUUCGCAUUGCUCAGACCCUGGGUUCUCGAUCACCAAAGCAAUGCCGCGAGCGUUACCAUCAAAACUUAAAGCCAACUCUCAACCACGAGCCUAUCACACCCGAUGAGGGCCGUUUGAUUGAAGAACUUGUAAGACAAAUUGGAAAACGCUGGGCCGAGAUUGCCCGCCGCCUCCAUGGACGAAGUGACAAUGCUGUCAAGAAUUGGUGGAAUGGAAGUCAAAACAGAAGGAUUCGAUCAGAUCGUCGCCGUGCCACCCACGGCAAUGAAGACUACUAUUCUGCAAACCGACAUGGACUAUCUAUCUCGACAACACCGAGUCACCAUAUCCCGGGAGCCCAGCUAUCGCCCAUGCAAGGGCCUAUGAUGCGCCACACUGGUGGAUCUUGGAUCGAAGCUCCUCUUCCUUCACCUUGUUCCUCUGAUGGUGCCGAAUCCGAAACUGGAUCUAACUACACCACAUCACCAGCUUACCGUCCUGCUUCUCUGUCCAGGGCUGUCGAGUUGCCGCCACUCCGGGGUCACUACUCUAGCCAUGGUGAUCCUAGGCUCCCUAGUAUCAACGCUGCCCCUCUGGCUUCCUACGAGGAUAGACCACGUACAGAACGAGGAGAGUACAGACAGGCAUUCCCGUACUACGGAGAAAGACCACCUACAGAACGGGGAGAGUACAAGCCGGCAUAUCCUUCACCACACGGUAUCCCAGGACAAAGACAGUUGCCUACUGCACCGAGCUCGCCCGUACAGCAGCAGUCCUACCCUCAGUUCCAAGCACAGCCUCGCUCAGAACAGGCCUAUCCUCAGUCCCAAGAACAACCUCGCUCAGAACAGGCCUAUCCUCAGUCCCAAGAACAACCUCGCUCAGAACAGGCCUAUCCUCAGUCCCAAGAACAACCUCGCUCAGAACAGGCCUAUCCUCAGUCCCAAGCACAGCCUCGCUCAGAACAGGACUCUCCUCAGUCCCAAGCACAGCCUCGCUCAAAACAGGACUCUCGCAUGCGUCUGCAUUCCCUCUUAGAUUAA